AUGUCAAUCUUGAUGUCUAGAGCUUCAUCUCUGGGGGCCACUGAUUCCUUCGUUCCUCUCUCAAGGCAAAGCAGUGGACCCCUCCGGACAAGACCUACUACGACAGCAACAAGUGUCGCAUCUCAGGAUAUCAUAUGUGCUGUCAGCGAGUCGCGUGGUAUCUCAUCUACAGUUGGCCUCACUUUUAUAAAUCUAUCAACGGCAGAAGCGGUUCUGUGUCAGAUAUGUGACAGCCAGACUUAUGUCAAAACAGUUACCAAGAUCGGGGUGUUUGAGCCCACAGAGAUACUCUUCAUGAAUACAGCCAAAGAUUCCAAACUACUUUACAUCAUUCAGGAAAAUAUCCAAGAAACCACAUUCACUUUCUUAGACCGCAGGGACUGGUCGGAGAAAACCAGCCAUGAGUAUGUGGACCGACUAGCUUUUCCUGAAGAUAUUGAGUCUAUCAAGAUUAUCUUGGGAGGUAAUUAUUUUGCUGCUUGUUGUUUCGCUGCAGUCCUGAAAUAUGUUGAGCUAGAGCUAAAUAAGACGUUCACUUCGCACUCCCUUCGCAUUCGUUUCGAGCCCUCCCAGGGGUCCAUGCUGAUUGACUUAUCCACCAUAGUUUCGUUGGAGCUGAUCCAAAAUCUACAUAAUGCCAGAUCAAAGGAUAGCCUCUUCGGACUUAUGAAUAAAACACUAACUCCCAUGGGUGGCAGGCUUCUGAGAGCCAAUAUUCUGCAGCCUUCUACGGAGGCUUCGAAGUUACUAGCUCGAUAUGAUGCCGUGGAGGAUUUAUCUACAAAAGGGGAAAUGUUUGUAUCGGUUAGACAAGCUCUUAAGGGUUUCAUCGACGCAGACAGAGUCUUAACAUCGAUCAUCCUCGUUCCAACUAAACGAACUUUUCAAUACGUCGAACAAUCAGUCAACAACGUCAUCAUGCUCAAGACUUACAUGUCUUCAAUCAGAACACUAUGUGCUCCAGCAGGCCAUCGAGCAGUUGAAGAGCUAAUCGAGUCAACCAUCAAUGAGUAUGUAACAUACCAAACGAGGCCGCUUGACCUGAGAAAUCAGCGUAUAUACUGUGUCAGGGCCGGAGUCAACAGUCUACUUGAUGUUGCGAGACAGACAUACAAAGAAGCAAAUAUGGAUGCUGUAGAUCUCAUUACAAAGCUUUCAGAGUCUCAUGGAAUAGCACUCGAUUUGAAGUUUGACACAGCACGCCAAUACUACAUUAGUAUAUCAGCUACCGAAGUAGACACACUCCCUGAAGUAUUUAUCAACAUAUACCGCAAGAAGAACCGUUUAGAAUGCCAAACUCUUGACUUAGUCAAACUGAAUCAGAAAAUCAUCGAUGCACAUAACGAGGUAAUCAGCAUGAGCGACCAGACUGUCCAUGAAUUGAUCCAGGAUAUCCGUUCCGAAAUCGCCCACCUCUUCAAGAUCAGUGAAGCCAUUGCCAUGCUUGACAUGCUUUCCACAUUCGCACAGAUAGCUACAAACCACGACUAUGUCCGAGCAGAACUAACAGAUGUCCUCGCCAUCAAGUCAGGACGACAUCCCAUCCGCGAGAAAAUACACACCAAGAAAUUUAUCCCGAACGACGCCUACGCAACCCAGCAGUCCCGUUUCCAAAUCAUCACAGGUUGCAACAUGAGCGGUAAAUCCACCUAUAUCCGCUCCCUAGCCCUAAUGACCAUCAUGGCCCAAAUCGGCUCGUUCAUUCCAGCAGACUACGCCUCCUUCCCCAUCGUGCACCAACUUUUCGCUCGCGUUUCAACCGCCGACGACCUAGAAGCAAAUGUAUCGACCUUCGCCGCCGAAAUGCGCGAGAUGGCCUUCAUCCUCCGCAACAUUGAACCAAGGAGCAUGGUCAUCAUCGAUGAACUAGGCCGCGGCACCAGCACAACAGACGGUCUAGCUAUCGCCAUCGCCAUCGCAGAAGCCCUCAUCGAAAGCCACGCUCUCGUCUGGUUCGUUACCCACUUCCGCGACCUCGCCGUGAUAUUGGCCGAACGGAACGGCGUCGUCAGUCUCCAUCUCGCAGCGGAGAUAUCCCACGACACGUCCAAGAUGACGAUGUUGUACAAAAUAGCCGAAGGUCCCGAAACGAACCGCUUCUAUGGCCUAGCUCUUGCUAAACUCGUUGAUUUACCGCCGGGCGUGCUGGAGUAUGCGCAAACUGUCUCGGAGAAAAUGAACCAAAUUGCCCAACGUCGUCACAGCAAGACUAGAGCUCUGGCUGUCUCGCGGAAACGAAACCUCAUUCUCUCGCUUAAGGAGCAGCUCUUACAGGCUCGAGAUGGCAAAAUGGAAGGUGAGACGCUUCGCAAAUGGCUGAAGCGACUUCAGGACGAGUUUGCGUUGCGGAUGGCGGCGAUUGAUGGGGAUGAGUCUGUGUGUUGUGGUUCUGAGGACGGAGUAGAGCAGGCGGGGCCCUCUUCGGGUCUGGUUGAAGGGACAGGGCCUGAUACUGUGGAUGAUCAGCUAAAUCGCGAGGAAAGUUCGAUACCCUUUCUCAACUCGUCUGUUGAGGAAAGAUCCGUUAUAGAGAUUUCUUCAGAUGAUGUUUCCGAGAACUAG